AUGGCUCCCCAUCCAAUUCAUGAAGCAAACAAAAACAGCCCUUAUGGAGAUCUCUCACGAGAAGGGUUCUACAAGAAGCAUCAGAUACUAAACAAACAAAGCUUCAUAUUCAACAACAAAAACCUGAAGAUAUUUACACAGUCAUGGCAGCCUGCGGAUUCAACUUCAAAACUGAAAGGGCUUGUGGCAAUGCUCCAUGGUUAUUCUGCAGAGAGUAGCUGGCUGUUUGAGCUAAAUGCAGUAGCCAUGGCAAGAGAAGGCUACUUUGUGUGUGCUCUUGAUCUUCAGGGCCAUGGAUAUUCGGAUGGUUCACCAGGGAUCAUCCCGGAUUUUCUAUCUUUGGUUUCUGACUCAAUCCAGUUCUUCGAUUCUGUUCGAAAAGAGCAUCCUAAACUGCCGGCUUUUCUUUAUGGUGAAUCACUUGGAGGAGCGAUUUCUGCUAUCAUUUGCUUGAGGCAGAAAAAUGAGUGGAAUGGACUCAUUUUAAGUGGAGCAAUGUUCAGUGUUUGGAAAGAUAAUUUACCACAACCUGUGGCACUGGAAUUAAUCAAAGAAGGAUGGAAGAAUAAGCUGACCAGAAAGAGCCCGAAUUUCCCAACAACUCCAAUGAUGCCGAUUCCAAAAAUAACUCGACAAGAGUUCAUCAAAGCCUGUAUUUACAUAGAAAGAAGAAGCCAUGAGUUAGAGGUGCCAUUGCUGAUUUUGCAUGGGGGAGCUGAUACUGUCUGUGAUCCUCAAGCAGCUAAGUUUGUUUUUGAAUCAGCUGCUAGUAAGGAUAAGUCUAUGAAUAUUUUUCCAGGGAUGUGGCAUCAGUUAACAGGGGAACCAAAUGAAAGUGUAGAACUAGUUUUUGAGAUAAUGUUUUCUUGGAUUGAUGUCAGAGCUAAGAUUGGAAAAAUCACUCAAAAACUGGCCUCUUCCCUUUAGAUCAAUUUCUGAUAUGCACUUGGGUUGAUUCAUGACUAACCAUUGAAUAGCCUGAGGGGCACCUUUUGUUCGGGAUCUAAAAAAUCGUAUGCAGGGUCUUGAGGUACCUCGAAAAUGGAAACCAAGACUGCCUCUCCAGCCUCCUUGGUAUUAAAAAGCAAUUCAACCAUUGACAUCAAAGCUAUAUGUGGUUUGUCUCGGGAAAACUAGAUUGUAUUAGCUUUUCCAAUUCCUGUACCCCUUUUACCCAGGGAGACAUGAAAGAUGCAUUUCU